CUUAACGAUUUACAGUCCCCAUUCAAACAUCAAACUCGAAUCCGACAGCUCAAUCCCACCAUUCACCCAAACCUCCCAACCCCCACCCUACGUUCCAUAUCAUGUUCCGAAAACGCCUCUUCUCCUCGCCGGAAAACCCUCUCCUCCACCCAUCUUCUCCUCUAAACCCUAAUCCUAAUCUCCCCCUCACCAGAAAAACCACCACUCUUCCUCUCUCCCAGUACUGUAUCGCUUCGACAUUACACUCGCCGAAAAUGGGCUGCGCGACUUCCCGAUUGGAAUCAGGCGAGGAAAUCCCUUCGGGGCUCGUGCCUUUCAUGCGGCGGCUACAGGAUUUGAGGCGGACGAAGACGGAUGUGUCGCGGCAUGGCCGGAGAGAGCGGAAGGAUAGCAUCGUUUCGACGACGGAGCUCCUCCGUCCUGAGGAGCGCGACAUUGAUUACUACGAUACGGCUGCAAUGGAGGCUGCUGUAGAGAAGGAUGAGAGUAAUGGAAAGAGAAGUGAGACGACGGCUUUAUUGGAGAUUGUGAAGGAGGAGGAGGAGAAAUCAGAGGCGGCGGAGGAGAGGAGAAUAGGGUUUGGGAGAGAAUCGCCGGCCGACGAGGAGCUGCCCGGUUCGCCGAGUUUCCGGUUUUAUUGUACCGAUCCGGUCCAGCGAGUGGAUACCAAUGUUGGUUCGGUCCCGUCACCGAGUUCAGAUUCAUUAAAGCGUAUUGAAGAAAAGGAACUGUUGGAAGAAAAGGAAUUGUUGGAGGAAAAGGAAGACCCCAAUGAGUGUUUGGUUGCUGCAGAGGGGUCGGAGUGUAAAGCAAUGAAAAAGGAGAAGGGAAGAAAAUUUAUGUCAUUGCCAAAAGGGAACUUUCUGAAUGUCAGAGGCUGUUAUAACAUGAACUGCUCCCUUCAUGCUCACGAAGGCACCAGAAUUUUAAGCCAGAAGGAUACUUAGGAUACUAAGUAAGUUAAUCUGUGUGGAGAAAAUCUGACAUAAUGCUGUAGUUAUAUGCAAAUUAUUAUUUUUUAUUUAUUUUCAAGUAAAAUUCAUGACUUUUUUUUGUAUUUUUAUGUCAUUAUUCUUUUUUUCCCCCAUAAAUUUACUGAA